AUGGCUAAUCUCAAUCGGAUGACAUUAUUAAUGUCAAUAUCAGAAAUAACACCACAAAUUUUUAUUGCUGGUCAAAUGGCCGCAACUGUUGAACAAGUACAAAAAUUAGGAAUAACAUAUAUUUUGAAUGUUGCAGUUGAAUCAUCUCCGAUUGUUUAUCCAAAAAAUAUUAAAGUAGAAAAAUUUGAUAUUAUCGAUUUUCCAACAGCACCAAUAAGUAAUUUUUUUACUUCAUUAACUGAUAAAAUUCACAUCCAUCUUAAUAUUAAUAAACAAAAUAAAGUACUUGUUCAUUGUAUGGCUGGUAUUAGUCGAAGUACAACAAUUGUUUUUGCUUAUUUAAUGCGUUAUAUGAAUAUGACAUUACGAGACGCAUAUUUAUUAUGUAAAAAACAUCGACCUAUUUGCUUUCCAAAUUUAGGAUUUUGGAGUCAACUUAUUGCAUAUGAAAGUCAACUAAAAAAAGAAAAUAGUGUUAAACUGAUAUCAACUCAAUUUGGUAAUGUACCUGAUGUUGCAUAUGAAGAAAUAAAACAAUUACGUGCUCAACAACAAUUUGGAUCAAUACCUUUAUCUACAACAGCUUUAACUCCUGCUAUUAAUAAUUCAAGCAAUAGUAGUAAUACAAACAUAGAUACAAUUUCUAAUCAAACUCGACCAACUGUUCGAGAUAUAUCCAUUAAUCAUUCAAAUGGUGUUUUACGAUCUCGAUCAUUAAAUUCAAAUAAUCGACCAACUAUUGCACCUGCAUCAACAUAUAUUAAUAAUUCAGUUUAUCAAGCAUCAUUAUUGACAACUAAUAAACAAACAUUCCUAACACCAGCACGAUUUGGUGUACAUCGUUCUCUUACAAAUGGUGCAUCACAUAAUAAUAAUAUACUUCCACCUGGACCAAGUACAUCAUCAAGUUCUUAUAUUAGUAAUCGAAGUUUACCAACAACAAUAAAACAUCGACAUAUGAAUAAUAAUCGUAAUCAUCCAUCAACUGUAACUAUUAAUACAGCAGCAACAACAAUAAAUAAUGAUGAACAACGUUUAAAUUAUGAAACAACAUAUCGUGCAAGUUUUUUUAAACCAUUAGUUCCUUAG